AUGGUCUUCUCACCACAUCGAAUUCAGCAUACGACGAAUGAUGUUCUUUUGCCAUUGAUCGGUCGCCGGAUCCGACUGGGAGAUCAUGAGUACACAAUGAGCUCGGCCAUCGCUACUGGCCCAUUUUCUUCGGUAUUUCUGGUGGAGGAGAACGGAAUUCCGUAUGCAAUGAAAGUCGAGGCACAGAAUAAAUGUUUGCGUCCGGUGUUGAAGCUCGACCACGCCGUGCUCCAAGCCCUCGGCCACCAAACUGGCUUCCCAUCGCUCACCGCUUCAGGACGUACCGACACCUUUAAGUACAUCGUAAUGCAACUCGUCGGUCCGGAUCUGUCGAUGCUCCUUGAAUUUGCUCCCGAGAGACGUUUCACACCAUCCACUGUCUAUAAAAUUGCUCUUCAAACUCUGGAUCGUCUUCGUGUUCUUCAUGAGGCCGGCUGGCUGAAUCGAGAUGUAAAGGCGCAGAAUUUCGCUGUUGGAUUGGGAGAGGAAAGCAAUAUUGUGUAUAUGCUGGAUUUCGGACUCACUCGGAGAUAUCUCGAAAACAACGGAAGUCCUCACCUCCUUCGCCCCCAUGGUCCAUCCGUCGGAACCUUCCCAUACGCCCCUCUGACCUCUCUUGGAUUCUGUGAUCAGUCUCCAAUCGAUGACGUGGAAGGAUGGUUAUACAUGGUUAUUCAUUUACUGAAGGGAGGACUCCCCUGGCACAAUGCCACUCGAUCUCUGAAUCUUCCAAAAGUGAGAGAAUGGAAAAUGUAUUGCCGUCGUGCUGGUGGAAAACAUCACCUAUUUGAUGGUCUUGCAAAAGGAUGGAGUGAUGUUUUUGAAGUGAUUUUGAAUACGUCCCAUCACCAAAAACCGGACUACCAAAAAAUUUCGCAAAUGGUUCUCUCGAUUGCUCACAGCGAGAAUAUCGAUUUGUCAGCUCCAUUUGAUUGGCAAGUCAACCCGGUCCUUCGUUCUCUCGUCAGAUUAGGGCCGUUGAGUGGCAAUGAGCUGACAGUACCACGGAGCAGUCUUGCCAACACGACAAUGCCUGAAACGAUUCUGCAUUUGCACACGAUUGUAUCGCCGAUUGGAACGUGCUGA